CAAGGGCGCGUAGCCGAGGGUCAGGGUUGGCAGAGUCAAGGGUUUUCCCGUGCUGCGUCCCUUUGUUCGCGCUCUGGCCUUUGGUCUUCAUAACCACGGUGUUUGUCCACUCCUCCUUUUACCAACAAUGAUGCCUUCAAGAGGCAUCCAUUUCAAAUACAGAGAUCGGCUAGGGAAAAUAGUGCGAAAACUCAAGGCAUUACAUUUACCUGCAUCCCUGCCUUCCGAGUCGUACCUAGUCGAUUUGACGUCCUCUGAAUCCACACCCCCCGCUCCGCGAGACCCAAAUAAACCCCGCGGCUCGCUGGACGAGGACGAAGAACCUGCUGAUGAGAUCAUUGUUGACUCACUAUUGCUUCCUGCUGCUGUAUCCACAACUGGCAGCCGUAGACAGUCUUCAAUGGCCAGCAGCGUAAAGGAAGCACCGGUACAAGAAGAUAACUACGACACAGAUCCCGGGUGGUCGGAAAUCAGUCAAAGUAGUACCAGGGCUGUCAGAACGUGGUUUGUGAGAACGAUGCGGUUUGGAAUGUGGCCAAAGAUAAAAAACUACUUUGAUCUAUCGUUCGAUGACGAAAGUGUGGAAAGACACUAUCAAAAAGAGAAUUGGUACAUGCGCAAACCACUGGCUCUGAUGGCUGCUUUGUUUAUUCUACUAUCAUGGAUACUUGCUCUCGGCCUGAUUCCCCGCCCUUGGAACACCUACGAUAUGUACUCAUACAUUGGCAUUGUCGGCUUCUUCUCCCUCUUGAUUCCAAUACUGGUCGUCUUUGAUGUACCCCGAUAUCGCUAUGCAUCAUGGCAAAUAUUUUUGCUCUUUACAUGUUGGAGUUGGCCCGUUGUAUUUGCAGUCGAAAUGAAACUGUGCGACUUCUUUGACAUUGAUAAAACGGGAGGGCUUGGGGGCGGCGCGUGCGGAAACAAAGACUUCUUCACCACGCUUUAUUAUGCUGCCGCAUAUCCCGUUCUGGCACUGUUUGCAUUGAGACAAACCCGGCUGUGGGCAAUGAUAGGGUCGCUUGGAUAUUGUGUUUGCUUGGGCGUGACUAUCGUACCUGAUCGAGCAUCCUGGGUCAGGAAUCUUUUGGUCUAUUUCACCUUUAUGAUCUUCAUCAAUAUUAUGAGCCAUUCACAGGAGCGUAUUGAUCGGCGGAUGUUCCUUAUACGCGAUCAACUCAAAUUUCAAUAUCGAGCUACACAAAGGGCCCAGCAUCUCGAGCACAAGGCAGCCGAUAGCAAAAAGCGAUUUGUAUCAUACAUAUUUCAUGAGGUCCGAGUACCGUUGAAUUCCGCAUUGCUAGCCAUUCAGAAUUUGGCGGGGGAAGGCGUUUUCAAGUCUUGCGAUAAAGAUCAACGCGAAAUGGUUGACGCUCUCACCGGAAGUCUUGGGAUGAUGGCCAAAGUUCUGAACGAUGUCCUAGACUUCAAUCGCAUGGAAGACGGCAAACUAGCUUGCACCCAUAACCCCUUUGAUUUUCACAAAGUGGUCCGCUCGAUCUUUGUCAGUGCUCGUGCUGUCGCAGAGAAUCGUGGCGUCAAUUUGGUCACCGAACUGGAUGAGCGCAUUGAUAAACUAUGCGAGAGCAAGGUUGUGAUAGGCGACGAGAUGCGGUUGCGGCAGGUUUUGUCAAAUCUCACAUCCAAUGCGUGUAAAUUCACCAACUCGGGUGGGACUGUAAAGAUCUUGACGCGGCUCUUAUACCCGACCGAAGGCGGCCAUCUUUCUGUUCCCACCGACACACAUAAAAGCCCUAGUAUUCGCGAUGAUGGAGAGAGUGUGCAAUCGCACCGGAUUGACAUCGAGGAUCUCGAUCCGAUAAAUAACCCUAACGUGACCAUUAUCCGCAUGGAGGUGCAUGACACUGGAGUCGGUAUACGUCGCUGCGAGUUGAUCGAUAACCGCCUCUUUUCACCGUAUGUCCAAACGGAAGAGGGUAGACGACAAGGGGGUAAAGGCACAGGACUGGGCUUGGCGUUAGUUCGCCACAUUGUAAAGCUGUCAGGUGGAAGGUUGGGCGUUCAAAGUCGACUUGGCGUUGGAAGUGUGUUUUGGGUAGAAUUACCACUGGGACUGCAAGAUCGGUCAACUCCAGUUGAAGAACUUAGUUGUUUUAUACCCACCUUGGUACCUCCAAACUUUGGCGGCACCACCGAAUCUGUAGACGAUCCUGAGAUGUCAUCGGCAUCCAAACCUGACUCGAAAUCAUGGAAAAAGGUGCGAGUGAUUGUGGAUAAGGAGGAGCGACUUGAGCCAUAUCUACCAGCUUUAGCCGGAAUGGGAUCGAUUUCGGAAGGAGAAGGCAUAGACAUCAAGCAGCCGUACUCUGAUGACUCUGGGAAGGAGAUUGAGACAAAUGGCACAUCCUAUAGAGGGAAAACUUCGUCAAACAUCCACGAAGAAGUUCGCGUUCCGGUAAAUGGAGAGGAUGUGGUGGUUGUUAUCACCGGUUCCGAGGAGACAGAGAAGGGUAUUGAGCUCGAAAGGAUAAGACGAGUAGACGAGCCACCGAUUCCCGAACCAUCCUCAGCAACAAUCGAUACAAAAGCUUCUCCGCCUGCAACCGCCGAACCCAGAGAUCCAGAAAAGCCCGAAGAAACGCGCAAACUUAAUCUUCUUGUGGUCGAUGAUGACAGAAUCACCCGCCGUUUAAUGUCCCGCCUUCUCUCUCGCCUCGGCCAUAAAGUGGAAACAGCCGAAGACGGCAGCAUCGCUCUAAAGAAGUUGACGAGCUCCUUUGAAGAAGGCGGUGGACCCCCCUUUGAUUUGAUCUUCCUGGACAACCAAAUGCCUAUAAUGACAGGUGUAGAAUGCAUUCAACAUAUUCGAGAUAAGGGGAUAAUGGUAUGGGCUUGUGGCGUUACUGGAAACGCAAUGCGAGAAGAUCAAGACGAAUUUUAUGAUGCUGGAAUUGAUCGUGUUUUGACCAAACCAGUUCAAGAAAAAGACGUCCGGGAAAUGAUCGACAUUGUCCUCAACCUUCGCGAACCCGAUAACGGCGUGUUGACUUGGCGAAAAAAGCUGGUCAGAACACCUACUGGUAGUAGCAAAACGGACCAAGACUCUACGAAGCAAAAAGGGAGUGGAAAGGUCUCAUGAUUUAUAAUUUCGGCACAAGCACUAUUAUAUGAUGGGGGUUUCGUUUUCGUUUUCUUUUGUAAAUAGGUUUGUUAUCCCGCUGUAUACAGCGAGCGCAGAUGUUUCGUAAGUGAUGUUCCAUUUGGUUUUAAAGAUUAUUAUAGAUGUUUGACGAGUGAAUAAAUAUAAGUUAUGAUUCUGUCCCGAUCGCGGGCAGACAUGCAGA